AUGCCUGCGCGCACUCGUCGAGGCCCCUCCGUCGCCACGGAGGCCGUGGAGCCUGAAGAGCCCUCUGGCGGUCUUCGCCGCCUCAAAUUCAAUGAACCGCUCUCAUGGCGCGUCGGACGCUCCGCCAUCCCCAUCGCGGACCUGCUACAGCGCUUGCAGACCCUGGCGCAAGAAUUGCGCAAGUUCGAACAGGAAGAGAUCGAGAAAGAGUCUCUUCAGAAAGUUUCGCAGGAGCUGGCUACGGCGCAACUCCUAGGACAUAAGGAUAGAGGCGUUCGAGCCUGGGCAACAUGUUGCAUCGUGGAUGUGUUACGUCUCUGUGCGCCUGACGCGCCUUUCACGGCGAACCAGCUCAAGGAUAUCUUUACUUGCAUAGUAACGUCAAUCAUACCCUCAUUAGGGGACCCUUCGAAUCCGUACAAUGCGCAACAUAUCUACGUUUUGAAUUCGCUAGCGGAGGUCAAGAGCGUUGUUCUUAUGACUGACCUAGAUCAUCCGGAUACACUGAUCGUUCCGCUAUUCACGAGCUGUUUCGAUAUUGUCGCUGGCUCCGCCAAAGCCUCGACUGGAGAACCAGUCGCCAAGAAUGUUGAAUAUGACAUGACUCGCCUCCUGGUGACUGUUAUCGAUGAGUCGCCGGUUCUCGCGCCUGAUGUGGUGGAUGUGAUAGUAGCACAAUUUUUGCGCAUUGAUCCCCGCGUCCUGGAAAGCUCAGGGAGAAAAGGCAAGAAGACAGAGGCCCAGGUGGACGAGAAGCAAGAGACGCUGCUUCUCAAAGACUACCCACCUGCUUAUAACAUGGCUAAAGCAAUCUGCCAGGCCUGUCCAGAGAGAAUGACUAGCCAUAUCAGUCAGUAUUUCAACAACGUUAUCAUUGAUGCCUCCGCGACUGGUGAGGCCGCCUCAUCAAGAACUUCACAUCGCAAGCCUAACCUCGACGAUUCAGACGAUGAGGGCGAAGACAUCAAGGAGUUGAACAAAGCACAUCGUUUGAUUCGGGAACUUUGGAGAGCGUGUCCCGAUGUCUUACAAAAUGUGAUCCCGCAACUUGAAGCGGAACUCUCCGCAGAGUCGGUAUCUCUGCGCUUGCUAGCAACACAGACUAUUGGCGAUUUGACUUCCGGCACUGGAAUUGCUGGCCUACCUCCUUCCCCACCUAUGGACCCUUCUGCCUAUCCGCAAGUGACGUUAGACGAAUACGCGCAAUCGAUCCCGCAACCUUCUGUUCUCCUUAUGGCCUUUGCUCCCAAGCCGUUCUCGCAAACACAUAGCUCUGCGUAUGAGAGCUUCCUGAGCCGUCGUCUAGACAAAUCGGCUUCUGUGAGAGCUUCAUGGGCUACCGCUGUGGGUCGGAUUGUUCUGACCUCUGCGGGUGGCUCGGGAUUGAGUGACAAUGAGGAGCAAACUCUCAUAAAACAUCUAGCGUCAAUGCUUCGGGAUGCUGAUGAGAAAGUUCGUUUGGCAGCUGUUGAUGCAGUUGGCAGCUUCGGACUGUCCCACAUUGUGAACAAGCUAGGAGUCAGCGGUGGUUUCUUGACGCAGGAUUCACUCCUCUUCAUCCUUGCAGAGCGCGUUAAAGAUCGCAAGCCUCAGGUUCGCGAGCAUGCUAUGAAGAUCAUCGCUCGAGCUUGGGCGGUCGCAUCCGGUGAGAUUGAGCAGGAAAAUGAGCAGGUAUCCUUACUGUUGAAGGACGGACCCUCGAAGAUUUUCGAUGCGUUUUACACCAACGACCUAGAUAUCCACGUGUGCAUCGACCGUGUUCUAUUCGAAGUUCUCCUUCCGCUCGGUUAUCCUCCCAUUAAGCCUAAGUUAUCCCGAGGUGGUUCAAGCCAGUCUCAAAAAUUGAAGGAUUCCCAAUCGUCGGAGCCAGAGAAUGAAGCCGACGUUGACAAGAUCCGUGUCCGCCGCAUACUCACUCUACUACGGGGGUUGGAUGAUAAGGCUAAGAAAGUCUUCUUCGCCAUACAGGCCCGGCAGAUAUCCAUGAGAACGCUCAUGACAAUUUUCCUACAGGCUUGUGAGGAAUACAACGGUGGUGUCAUGGAGAAGAACAAAGACCAAAUCAAGGCUCAACUAACCAAAGUAAUCGAUACGCUGGCGAAGACGUUCCCCGAUCCUGCGAGGACAUCGGCCGAUCUAUGGAAAUUUGCAAAGAUUCAUGACCGACGAAGCUACCAAUUAGUCCGCUUUGCCAUGGCGGCUGUCAGUGACUAUCGCACCGUCACCAAAGCUACCAAAGAACUUACAAGACGGAUACAGUCCAGCAACAGCACAAUCCUACACGAGACACUGACACCGUUGUUGUAUCGCUGCAGUUCGAUUGUCUUCAACCGAAGCCAUAUCCCUGCAAUCAUGAGCUUGUCACGGUCAGAUGAACAUGGUCUAGCAAACCCUGCACAUGAGAUGCUACGGGAGAUCUCGUCGCGCAACCCCGAGGUUUUGGAGGCCCAGGUCCAAGAGAUGUGUAAAGAUCUCGAAGCCCAGGCCCCUAAGUCCGCCACAGCCAAUGCUGCUGGUACCGAGGAAAUCCUCAAAGCUUGCUCUGGCUUUGCUAAGAAAUUGCCCUCUAAGUUACCUAAGGAGCGUAAAUUCUUCCAAGCACUUGUUGACUAUGCCCUCCACAGCCGGUCACCCAGGGCUGCCAAGCAUGCAGUCUUUAUUCUUAUGGCUGUGGCCGAUAAGAAGGAAAUGUAUGCCAGAGAUCUCGUGCAAAAAUGCAUUUCCAAAUGCACUUACGGCUCUGACCGGUUCCUCACCAAGCUAGCCACUUUGUCACAACUAUGCCUCCUGGCUCCCCGCGUGGUUGACGACCAGUUUGAUGCUAUCUUCAAGAUCGCCGCCAGCGAUAUCUUGCCAAAGAACCGAUCACCGGCCCCGAAUUCAGAGUAUUCGUGGUCAGAUGAGGUCGACGAGGAGACUGCUGCCAAAGAAUGGGCUCUCAAAAUCAUUGUCAAUCGUGUGCGGGCCAAAGAUGGCUCCGCCGGUGACGACAGUUUCCGCGCUCUUGCACAGCCAGUUUAUGAUACCCUGAAUAAACUUAUUGUCAACUCGGGCGAGUUAUCGGAGAAGCAGAAUACUCCAGCGACGCAGAAAUCCCGAUUACGGCUCUUGGCUGCCAACUCAAUGCUGAAACUUUGCGCCUCGCACACUCUAUGUGACCAGUUACUCACCCCCAAGGAUUUCAACUCGAUAGCUCUUGUCGCUCAGGACCCAGUUCCAGAAGUGAGGAGCGGUUUCAUCAACCAGCUGAAGAAAAAGCUUGUUCAGAACACUCGUCUGAGCCACCGGUGGUAUGUCGUACCGUUCUUGCUUGCAUUCGAACCUCAAGUCGGAUUGAAAGAGACUACCUUGACCUGGUUGCGAUCUCGAGCCGCAUUUUUCGCUCAACAAACGAACGGCAGCAAGGGCGAGAAGCAAACUGUCAUGGAGGCCUUGUUCUCACGUCUUUUGUCGUUGCUUGCGUAUCACCCCGACUAUCCGCCAGCCGACCUGGACGAGGCCACAAAGCUAGACGACUUGGCGGACUUCGCACGCUACAUUCUAUUUUACCUAACUGCAGUAGCUAACGAACAUAACCUUUCACUCAUUUUCCAUAUCGCACAGCGUGUCAAGCAGACGCGGGACGGUAUCACCAAAUCCGACGCGAUAUCUUUCCGCCUCCACACGCUUUCUGAUCUAGCACAGGCAACAAUUCGACGAUUUGCAGACAUCUACUCCCAACAGCGCAGGUUCGGUGGGGGAGCUGGUGGUGUCAAUAUUCUCCAAACAUACCCCGGAAAGAUGGGUGUUCCCAGCUCCAUCUUCGCUCCAAUGGGCAGUCAUCGAGAGGCACAGGAAGUUGCAGACAAAAACUUCAUCUCGGAAGAUGCGGAGGAUCGUCUCGACCGGAUUGUACGGUCCGUCAUGCGGGCGAAGAGCGGGUCAACCAGCCAGGGUGCCCAAAAGAAGCGAAAGACUGAUGGUACCCACGAGAGUAAUCGGGAAAGUAUCGCAAGCAAGAAAAUCAAGAAGGAAAAGGAGAGUUCCACCAGGCGCAAAUCCUCCUCAUCUGCGGCUGCUUCUAAAACACCCAAGCGCAAGAAGAAGACCGAAGACGACUGGUCCUCUGAUGGCGGCGAAGUGGCUGAAGGGAUCUCCGCCUCUGCUCGGAGACGUAGUAACAGGGGCGCCUCUCGACGAGUCAGUUACGCGGACCGUGAUAGUGACGAUGACGACAUCGAAAUGGAUGAAUGGAACCAGGCCCAAGAUGAUAAGAAUGAAGAGGCUAAGAGGGCCAAGGACGAGUCCGAUGAGAGUGAACUCAGUGAAGCCGAUAGCGACAUACUAGAGGAAAAUGAGAAAGGAUCAGAAAAAGAAAGCGAGCCUGACGAGGAGCAAAACGGCGAGUCCCCGGCUCCCGCAGCGAAGACGAAGUCCAAAGGCAAACGACCAGAAAAGGCAUCUGCACCAGCCCCAACAACCACGACUCUUCCCACAAGGCGAUCAUCUCGACGGGGGUGA